AUGGUCGAGCACAGCGUCAGAGUUCACGCAGACAAAGAUGGUAACUUCCGCCGUCAGGUGUCGGCCUUCCGUAACACCAUCUCCAAGGACGGGCCGCACCAGCCAGAAAAGGGCCGCUACAUUCUCUACUGCGCCCUCAUCUGCCCCUGGGCUUGCCGUGCGCUGCACACUCGCGCGCUCAAAGAGCUCGAGAAUAUCAUCGAUGUGGCCAUCGUGCACCAUGCUCUGACACCGAGCGGCUGGACAUUUGAAAAGACCGACGAGGUCGAGACCGGCGACCCGCUGUACGGGCUUGAGAACACCAAGCAGCUCUACUUGAAGGCGGAUCCCAACUACACGGCAAGAUACACGGUGCCCGUUCUGUGGGACAAGAAGCUGGAAACCAUUGUCAACAACGAGUCGUCCGAGAUCAUCCGCAUUCUCUACACGGCCUUUGACGACCUGUUGCCCGACAAUUGCCCAGCGAAAGGCAAAACGUAUUACCCGACCGACAAUGCCAAGGCGAUCCAGAAGAUCGACGAACUCAACGAGUGGAUCUAUUCCUCGAUCAACAAUGGUGUUUACAAGACCGGCUUCGCUACGACCCAAGACGUAUACGAUAAGGAGGUGGACAACCUCUUCUCGGCGCUCGACCGUCUUGAGAAGCUCUUGUCGGACGGUCGAGACUAUCUCGUUCCCGAAAUUGGGCUCAGCGAUGCCGACAUCCGUCUGUACCCGACGCUGGCCCGAUUUGACGUGGCCUACUACACACUAUUCCGAUGCAACGUCAAGAUGAUCCGCCAUGACUAUCCGCACAUUCACCGCUACCUGCGCCGGCUCUACUGGAACGAAAAGGCGUUUAGGGAUUACACCAACUUCAGCCACAUCAAGAAGGGUUAUGCCGGUGCGGGAGCCAACAAGGGCCUCGAGCCGAGGGGUCCGCUGCCCCAUAUGCUUCCUCUGGAUGCCUGA